UCUCAAAAUAGAAUAAAAAUAAAUCACUCCCUCUCGAGGCGCCGCCACACGGCCGCAGCCAGCGCCGCUCCCCUCCCAGGCGUCGCCGGUCGGCCGCCGGCUCCCCUCUGGCCCUCUCCAUCUCCUCGUCGGUUCGCCCCCACGCUCCGCUGUCCUGUCCCGGUGUCCCUGUGUCCCCUGUCGGCCGUCGCCGAGACGCCGACGCCAGCUAGCCCGCUCCCAUCACGGCGCCGGUCGGCGGCACGGUCCCUCCCCUCGUCGGCUCGCCUCCAACCUGCAGGGCGUCCGCACUCGGCAGCAUUGCUGCGUCCUCAGCGGCGCCAGACGGGCACCGCCGACCUACCUUAACAAGUUAGCAAGGUCUUGUAGCCUCGUGUGGAGGGAGGGAGAAGGGAUAGAAGAGGAGUCCGGUGCAUCUGGAUCCGUGCCGCCAAGCUGACUUUCUCCGCUCCAUGCAUCCUCCUCCACCUCCUCCCCGCGACCCCGGUGGUGCUAUAUCACGCGGUCGUCGCGAGGUGGUGCGCCCCAUCCCUCCUUCGUAGCAGCUUCAGCAGGAGGAGGAAGAUGGCGGCAAAGAAGAAUGCCGGGGUGCUCGCACUCUUCGACGUCGACGGCACCCUCACCGCCCCCCGCAAGGAGGUGACGCCGGAGUUGCUCGAGUUUAUGAAGCGCCUGCGUGAGAAUGUGACCGUCGGCGUGGUGGGGGGAUCCGAUCUGGUCAAGAUCUCCGAGCAGCUUGCCAAAUCAGUUAUCACCGACUAUGACUACGUCUUCUCCGAGAACGGCCUGGUCGCGCACAAGGACGGCAAGCUCAUCGGGACACAAAGCUUGAAAACGCAUCUUGGAGAUGACCAGCUUAAGGAAUUCAUUAACUUCACCCUUCAUUACAUUGCGGAUUUGGAUAUCCCAAUUAAAAGAGGCACAUUCAUAGAAUUCAGGAGUGGAAUGAUCAAUGUGUCGCCUAUAGGGAGGAACUGUAGUCAAGAAGAACGUGAUGAUUUUGAGAAGUAUGAUAAGGUACAUAACGUUCGGCCUAAAAUGGUGUCAGUGCUUCGUGAAAAGUUUGCACACCUGAACCUGACUUUUUCUAUUGGAGGGCAGAUCAGUUUUGAUGUAUUCCCACAUGGCUGGGACAAAACCUACUGCUUGAGAUAUCUCGACGAAUUCAAAGAAAUUCAUUUCUUUGGGGACAAAACCUACAAGGGUGGCAAUGAUCAUGAGAUAUUUGAAUCUGACAGAACAGUUGGUCAUACAGUUACCAGCCCCGACGACACGGUGCAGCACUGCAGAUCUAUCUUCCUGUCAAAGUGAUCGCCAGACUAUCGUCCAAAUUAAAUUUGUGUUCUCCACACCCCCUCUCACUGUUUUGGAAUAAUUCCUCAGUAGAUAGAUCUCGCUUUGAACUCGUACAUUUUUUGCAUCCCUCCCCGUUGGGAGCAAUUUGUCGUCAUUGUUGUUGUAAACAGAACUGUGUAUUAUACAUUCACAAACAGCGGAUUUUGUAUG